AUGGUGAAAUCAAUCACAAGGGAGGAAGUUGUGGAAAAAAAUAAUUCUCUGAUGAGUGAAAAUGCGUCGGAUGAGCUGAGAAAGGAGAUGAAGAAAGUGAAGAAGACACUGGAGAAUGCACUGGACAUUGAUGGAUCAUCAGAGAAAAACUUUGAACAGUUCACCAAGAAAGUGAAGGAGCUGAUUGGAAAGAGACAUGGAUUUGAAAUCUGA